AUAUUUAUUAGUAAAACCGUAAUUUAUAAUGCAUAUGUUGAAUAAUUUUGAAGGUCACAGGGUUAAUUUCAUUAAAAAAUAAUUAAUUUGUAAGAUUUUACAAGGAUCGUAGAAGUUUUUAAGUUACAUAGCAUAUUUCAAAUUCACAUGUAAAAGUUUGUCGGGAUCAGGUAAGUGUAUGCCCUUGCAAUUAAGUGAUUUAUUUAGGUACUCAGAUUUUAGAUAUACGAUAUUUUAUACAAAACCGAGGUGGCUUCUUUAUACGAUGCAUACUUUUAACAAAAUGAAAAUAAGACUAUAUAGGUAGCAUUCUACUAAUAAUAAUUUUAAACAAAAUAUUCAUUUAUACUUUUCCGUUAAUGUAUGACAUUUAUUUUUCUUCGCUAUAAAACUGCACGAUAGCCUUCAAUGAUUUAACUUAAUGCGUCAUUUUGAAGCAUAUGACUUCAUAUUUUGUGGUACAGCGAGAACGACAUCUCGCUUAUUUUUCAGUGUGUACGAUAUAACGGACAUCAAAAUUAUCAUGGAUCUGGAGGAUCCCAGACAGUCCUCGACUCACUAUUUUAAUCGUGGCAAACCUGCUGAAAACUUCCUACGUUUAUGUCGUCUGAUCAUGACGAUUUGUACUGACAUACUUAGAGACGUCCUAAGUCGUUACAUUAAACCUGCUGACCUCCGAUCAGAGCUUGAUAAAAACAGACACAGACUGGAAAAAAUCAUGAACACUGAACAGAAGAAACUAAUCUAUCCAGCUAACGGAAACAAAGCACUGGCAGCCAAACACUUGGAUAUAAGUGUAAUGUACAUCAUUCUACGGAACAUUUGCAAUAUUCCUAAUCACCAAAAUGGCUGGGGAAAUCCACCAAAGACAGGUGAUAACAGUAUGGCCGCUUGCAUAGAGAAGAUACGAAUACAAAGGAAUGAGAUAUCAGCACACCAUACAAACGGUGAGAUAGAGGAGACAGAAUUUAAUAAUCGUUGGACUGAACUAGAGGAGGCUGUUCUUGAAAUAGAGAGACAACUUACUGGUGGAGAUUUGUAUGAACGGGGAGUAAGGUAUUUUUUAAGGUGCGACCUUAAUUUUGGGCAAGCGGAAAAGCCGAUUCAAGUUGAACAUCCUCAAGUUGACGUUGAUAUGUCUGAUGUAGGCAACAGUGAAGCUGGUAAAGGCGGCUUGGAUCUGUUUUACGAUGACAGUGGUACGGGUGUGAGGUUUGCAGUAUUAUUUAAUGAGUUAGCAGAAAAAAUCCCUCCGACUAAAAUAAGUCAAAUACAGGAUUUAAUUGAAAAUUCUUGCAGAGUUGACAAUAUGGCGUCUUUAGAGCAUGAGAAAACAGCGAGAGACUGCUUGAGAUUUCUGAAAAAAGAAAGACUCUUCAUUCCAACGGACGUGAUUUUUAUACAGUAUUUGUUAAAGAAUAUAGAUUGUCGAGACUUAUUUGACAAAUGCUACAGAUAUGCAGAAGCUCAAAAGGCAUUGUGCUUUUACGAAAAACCACCAGAAAACGGAUUUAGAAACAUUCAGGUUCACGUCCUUGGAAACCUUACUGAAUAUAGUUCAGAACGAAUUCAAAAAAUCAAAGACACAGUUGCGGCUAUAGUGGGAUGUACGUCGGAUGAUAUUCUGGUUGGAGGAUUUACUCAUUCAAAUAGCUUUUUUGUAAUCUUAGCUAUAAAAGACGUCUACUACAGAAAACUUUUAGAUAUGGGGCAACAGGACAAGGACAAACUGAGACAACUUAACAUCGACUUUCUCAUCGUUGACUUAAAUGUAAUUUUCCUUGACCACUGGAAAGAAAUCGAAUGGAACACAUAUUGUAAACCACUAUCGCCGAGACAAGACAUGAUCGGGCAAAUGAACCAGCACGAAGGAGAAGAAAUAAAAGCAACAAUGCCAGCUAAAGAACAUCCUAGGUCACACGACGCGGCGAAAUUGCAUAAACAACUUAUUGCUGAAUUGAUGGGUGGCUUUUUAAAUGAUCCAAUUGCUAUCAUCAACUGGAAGGAUCAAUUCAGAAAGCAUUGUUCAGAUACGACAAUUGCAGGUGAAAGAAUAUAUGACCACUUUAAAUAUCUGGAAAAGGAAGGUCUUAUAAAGAUUGGGAAAUACGACGUUCUACGAAAAAUUUUCACGUAUAUUAACGACAGAGCCGUUCACUUCAUCGAUAUUCAAUCGGAGAAGAUUCAAAAGCACCUCGUUAUAUAAACGAAAGAGAUGAAUUGCAGGAAGUAAAGACCAGAGACAACAUAUUUCAACAUACAAAGGAGAUGGAUUGUUGCAUGUGUCUUUUACAAACUGUGAGUGAGAACAAAAAAAAAAUGAAGAGGAAUCAUCAAAAUGAACAUUAAACCGAACUGUGACGUUGUGAAAAAAUACUAAACCAAGUCUUGAUUGACCAAAAUCAAUCGCAUCAUCGAAAUUUUUAAGAGAGUUAUAUGGUUAAAAACACAAUUAAAUAUAAAAAAAAAAUUUUUUUGAAGAAGUGUGGGUCAAGAAUUUAGUGUAACCUUUGACAUGUGAACUUACUUCAAUUUGUUAUCAAAGUUUAUAUUUUCUUAUUUUAUAAAUGACAUAAUAGGAAUGUUCACAUAUACGAAAAAAGUUAUUCUAAAUGUUCUUUAGUGUGGCUGCUAGCAAAUGGCCAUUAAAGAGUGCAUGUUACUAUUUGGAAAAAAGAGAUGACUUACGGUUCAUUUGUGGUUUUGUCAAUAUUCUUUGAAUAGCAAUGAAUUCGUUGUUAACUUGAUCUACGAAAUUAAAUAUUCAUCGAAGUGCAUUUUUUAUUGAUGGGAUCAUUGAUAACGAAUUCAUGUAUCCUUGAACCGAUAAUUUUCAUUGAAUCAAUGAAAAUUGAUACUUACGAAUAUUAAUAAAACCACAGUAUAUCAACUUUUGCCAUGGCACCUUCAUUGCCAAUGUAAGUAUGUUAAAAACAUGGAAGUAAUCAUCAGCAAUACAUAAAUUUCUCACCAAAUGAUAAUGUUUUUGCAUGUAAUGCAGGCUGCCAAUAAAAAAAUAAAUAAAUAAAGAAAAGUUUAAAUGUCGACAUCACCUGCAUGCUCCGUUCAUCAUGUCAAAUUGCGGUAUUAAUCUUUUACCUUUAACUGUUAUCAGAAUACGACCUAAACCUUGAUAUGUCCUAAACAAACAUUGUCAAACACUUAUUGAUCUCUAAAAAUGAUACCUCCACAUGUCAACAUUGAGAUUACUUAUAUAUCAUACACUAUUCGUACCAAAUUUACACAACGUUCAUAGAUUCUUUUAUGUGUAAGCAUUAUGAUUUUUCUGUUUUUGUUUGUUUGUUUGUUUGUUUUUUUUGGUGGUUUUUUUUUUUUUUAGAGAAGAUGGAAUUCAAAAAAUCUUAUUGAACACAUCUAUCAUAUCAUGAUUUUACUUAUUGACUUAAUACGUAUAGAUUAACAGUCAUGCAUAAUACAUUACAAUUAUAUCCAAAAUUCAUCCAUUGCUUUCAAAUGUCGGUAAUUAAGAUAAGGUUUCUUGUUAAUCAUAAUCGUGUUUUGAAGCAUUUUGAUACUGGAAUAAAGUGUACUAUUUUUGUUCCUGUCCGUCGAUAAUUAAGAGAACUAGGUAUACUGUCAUGUUACGAGUAACGAGAAGGUCUUCGUUUAGAUUUUCAUCUGAAAGCUGAAAGCUCAAGUGAGCUAUUCUGAUCACAUUUUGUUCGUCGUCCGUCUGUCCUUCCGUCUGUCUGUCCGUCUGUUAACUUUUCACAUUUUUAACUUCGUCUCUAAAACCACUUAACCAAAUUCAACCAAAUUUGGCUCAAAGCAUUCUUAUGGAAAGAUGAAUAUAAAUUGCAGAAAAGAAAGAAAAAUUUUCAUUGAAAGCGGAG